AUGACACAAACUGAAUAUUACUCUCAUUAUCGAUACAAACGUUGCUUAAAAGUCAACAAUAACGGAACUUCAAAUAUUGAUAAAAUUCCAACAGAAAUUUUACGAGAAAUUUUUUCAAUAUUAUAUAAUGAUGGAAUAAAUACUGAUCGGGCAGAAACUUUGGAAGAUUUAUAUUCUUGUAUGUUCGUUAAUAAAUAUUGGAGUGUAAAUGCUGCACCAAUAUUAUGGUCAAAUAUCAUUCCAUCACCAGGAGCUAUUACAACAUUUAUGGCUUUUUUUAAGGAAGAAGAACGUAAAGAAUUAGAAAAAUCUGGAAUUUCAUUUGAUAAUAUUUGCGAUAUAGAAUCUACGACUUAUUGUUAUCCUUCAUUCUUGAAAUCGAUUAGUAUGCAUGAAUUAUCCCUUGCAAUAUUUUUAUGGUGUCGUAAUAAUUGUCCUCAACCAAUUACAAAACAAUAUAAUUUGUUAUUAAGAGGAAUACUUAAUAUCUUCGCCAACCUUUGCAUUACACUUUACCAGCUUGAUUUAGAUAAAAGAUCUUUAUUAGAUUGUUUACAUCAUGAGUUGUGGAUUUUAUUACAAGAACCAAAUUAUAGAUCUUUUAUAUCACGCGUUAAACAACUUUCUUUGGAUAUACGGAAACUUGUUAAUGAUGAUUGUUUGGAAUUAUUAUGUCAAACCUGUCAAAGAUUGAAAAUCCUUAAAAUUGAUAUGACAGUAGAUGAAACAUUUUGGUCUUCUGAUAAUAAAUUAGCAGAUAUCAUUAAAACUCAAAAAGGAUUACAAACUUUUUAUUUAAGGAGAGGAAAGAUUACACCAAAAAUAAUUUCUGCAUUAGAGGUUCAUGCUAAAUCAUUAAAAAUGUUACAUUUUCGUAGAGUUGAUUUUGAAAAAUGUACAUCAUUAAGAUCAAUAUUUAAUUACUCUAAACAACUGGAAGUAUUGAUCGUACGUGGAUGUAAAAAUUUAAGUGAAAAUGUUUGUAAAGAAUUAAUGAAUACUGCCUCAUUUCCUAAAUUGGUUGAAGUGGAUUUUGAAGAUUCGGAUUGUGAAGGAUUAAUGUCUUGGAGUACUAUUAUUAAAAGACACGAACAUCAGAAUAUUCAGGUGGUUUGA